AUGUCUACCUCUGCCCAGCCGGACGGGUGUAGUGGAGUUGGUGAUGAUGAGAAGGGACAUGGGAUGACUGCUGAGGAAUUCAGCACUUUCAACGCCUUCUCAGUGAAGAUGAACAACUUUGAAAAUGGAACUCCCCUAAAGCACGAGUACUUCCGCACAGAAUGGAAAUCGUUCCAAACCGCCUGCCAAGACAAACGCCCACUAACAGGCGCCAGCAAAGACCACUUCCUCACGCGUGCCAUCCAGUUCUGCCGAAGACUCCAGAUGCACCACCACAUCGAGGAAGCGUACGUCUUCCCCGUCCUAGCGCAAAAGAUGCCCGAGUUCCGCGCCGAGCUGGGUAUCGACGAAGACGGCGAGAGGAGAAGCGGCAAGGCGGAGCUCCUGACGCAGCAUGAGGCCAUCCACGCGGGGCUGGUCGAGUUUGAAGCGUAUGUUAGGGCAUGUCGGGACGGGAAGGAGGAGCUGGAUUGGGAGGCGUUGAGGGGGAAGAUGGAGUCGUGGGGGGAUGUGUUAUGGAGGCAUUUGGAUGAGGAAGUACAUACGUUGCGGGCGGAGAAUAUGAGGAAGUAUUGGAGCAUUGAGGAGAUGUGGGAAAUCUUGAGUUUUUAA